AUGUUCUUUCAAGCAGAUCCAUGUCCCUUGCUGUCAGCUAGUGAUAUCCAUUUUUGUGCAGUUCAAGGUCAUGAUUAUCGACAACGCUGUACUAUGAGUGAGAUGAUGCAAAGUGAAACUAUCCUUGAUGCAUCGUGUUUUCCAUGUUUCGAACGAUUCGAAAAUAUAAAAGGAUGCUUUUGGCGUUGGGCUCAACGACGUCAUCAACUGGCGGAAAUAUCAGAAAUACAUGAAUCCAAGAUGAAUUGUGGUCGUAUGACGCAAUUGAACAUUGAACAGUCACCAUCACCGUUUACUAAUUAUCGAUAG